GCGGGGCGGGGCGGGCCGGGCCCCCUCCCCCGCCCCCCUGACGUCAGCCCCCGGCCGCCGCCGGCUGGCUCACUAGGCGCUCGCCCUCCGGCCGGGAAGCAUGGGGCCGUCCGGGCUCGUCUGCGCCGUCCUGCUCGCCGCCUGCUGCUGCUUCUGUCGCCGCGCCGCGGGUGUGCCUGGCGAGGCGGAGCCCCCCACCCCGGAGUCCGUGGAGGUGGAAGUUGGCGGCACGGCCCUUCUGAAGUGCGGCCCCUCCCAUUCCCAGGGCAACUUCAGCCACGUGGACUGGUUUUCUAUCCACAAGGAGAAGCCGACUCUAAUCUUCCGCGUGCGCAAAGGCCAGGGCCAGAGCGAACCCGGGGAGUACCAGCACCGCCUCAGCCUCCUGGACAAAGGGACUACUCUGGCCCUGACACACGUCACCCCCCACGACGAGCGCAUCUUCCUGUGCCAGGCCAAGCGCCCUCAGUCCCAGGAGCACCGGAUCCAGCUCCACGUCUACAAAGCCCCGGAGGAGCCCACCAUCCAGGUCAAUCCCAUGGGCAUCUCGGUCAACAGCAAGGAGCCUGGGGAGGUCGCUACCUGUGUGGGGAGAAAUGGGUACCCCAUUCCUCAAGUUGUCUGGUACAAGAACGGGCGGCCCCUGAAGGAGGAGAAGAAGCGGGUCCACAUUCAGUCGUCCCAGAUCGUGGAGUCGAGUGGUCUGUACACCCUGCAGAGUGUCCUGAAGGCCCAGCUGGUGAAGGAGGACAGGGACGCCCAGUUUUAUUGCGAGCUCAACUACCGGCUGCCCAGCGGGAACCACAUGAAGGAGUCCAAGGAAGUCGUCGUCCCGGUUUUCUACCCGGCGGAGAAGGUGUGGCUGGAAGUGGAGCCGGCGGGCGCGCUGAAGGAAGGGGACCGCGUGGAGGUCCGGUGCCUGGCUGACGGCAACCCCCCGCCCCACUUCACCGUCAGCAAGCAGAACCCUGGCACCAAGGAGAUGGAGGAGAAGGCGACCGAGGACAGCGGGGUCCUGGUGCUGGAGUCCGCCCAGAAGGAGCACAGUGGGCUCUACCAGUGCCAGGGCCUGGACCUGGAAACCGUGACGUCGCUGCUCAGUGACCCACAGGAGCUGCUGGUCAACUAUGUGUCUGAUGUCCGGGUCAGCCCUGCAGCCCCGGAGAGCCAGGAGGGCAGCAGCCUCACCCUGACCUGUGAGGCAGAGAGUAACCAAGCCCUUGAGUUCCAGUGGCUGAGAGAAAAGACAGGCCAGGUGCUGGAGAAGGGGCCGGUGCUCCAGUUACGCGACCUGCAGCGAGACGCAGGGGGAGGCUACCGCUGCACGGCCUCCGCGCCCAGCGUCCCGGGCCUGAACCGCACUCAGCUGGUCCACGUGGCCGUUUUUGGGUCCCCGUGGAUGACCUUGAAGGAGAGGAAGAUGUGGGUGAAAGAGAACACGGUGUUGAAUCUGUCCUGUGAAGCGUCAGGACACCCGCGGCCCUCCAUCUUCUGGAGCGUGGACGGCACGGCACAUGAACAAGACCAAGAUCCGCAGAGCGUCCUGAGUGUCCUGAAUGUCCUUGUGACCCCAGAACUGUUGGAGACAGGAGCCGAGUGCGUGGCCUCCAACUUCCUGGGCAGAAACACCACCACCAUCUUCCUGGAGCUGGACUCGAACAGAACCACGGCCCCCAGCACCUCCACCGUCAGCCCUCACGCCAGAGCCAACAGCACGUCCACAGAGAAGAAGCUGCGGGAGCCUGAAAGCAAGGGCGUGGCCAUCGUGGCCGUGACCGUGUGUGUCCUGGUCCUGGCCGUGCUGGGUGCCGUCCUCUAUUUCUUCUACAAGAAGGGCAAGCUUCCAUGCGGGCGGUCGGGCAAACAAGAGAUCACGCUGCCCCCGUCUCGUAAGAGCGAAUUUGUAGUUGAAGUUAAGUCAGAUAAGCUCCCAGAAGAGAUGGGCCUCCUACAGGCCAGCACCGGUGACAAGAGGGCUCCAGGAGACCAGGGAGAGAAAUACAUCGAUCUGAGGCACUAGCCUGCUAAUCACACGGAGCGCCCUUCCCGCCUGGAACAUUUCCCGCUCCCCCUCUCCCUCCCGACACUCAGGAUGAUCGCCAAGCCAAAGCCACUCACGCAGGCUGCAGAGAAGGCCCUCUUCACGGACGACCCACCCCCACCGAGGUCUCACUUGGGUGGAAGAGGGGCGUCAGGGUCCCAGGAGGGGGGAGUUCCCCGCAGGCUGUGUAUACAGUGUCCUGGAUGUAUGUACCUGUUUUCUACCAGCAGCCCAGUUAGGUAGCCUAUUUAUCUUGAGCUGGUUUCCUGCCCCAAAGGCUUGCUUCCUCAUUCAGUGUGUCACUGAGGUGAGGACGCACUGAGCCCAGGCCCCUCUCUGCUGGGGAAGCAUGCCGCUCACGGCGGUGCUGGAGAGGACCGCGCCUCCAUUACAAGCAGCUGCCUGCCCCGGGCGGUCCUCGUGUGACCCACCUUUCUCCGGGAAGCAGCCAGGACUGGUGUCGCUCCUUACGAGACGUGCCAGGUGAACGCUGUCCCUGCAGGGAGGAAGGUGGGCAGCUUUCCCGAGUUAGGCCCUUGUGCCCAAACCCCCUGCAUUAAUCUGGCUCCCGCUGCCCUCUUAAGGGGUCAUGUAAAACUGAAAAGGGGGGUUUGGGGACAGGGAUGAGGUCCAGACUGUCCUUUAGGACGAUUAAGACUCUACUAGCACCGAACUUCCACAAACUGAGCUCAUGGGCUUAGACCCUGAGAGAAGAGCCCCCUCAAUGGGAGAACGGUACUUAGGGGCGAGAAGCCGGCCUGGCUAGAGCUUUGGGGUGUGUGCGCACACCUGUAUGUAUAUGUGGUUUCGUCAGGUUGUGUGUAAAUUUGCAGAUUUCCUUUAUAUAUAUAUAUAUAUAUAUAUAUAUGUAAGAAAAAUAAAGCUUAACCGCCCCAGA